CACAAUUACAAAUUUAUUUUCCAAUUUCUUGCACAUAACUUCCACCUGUAUAUGACAUUAUCACAAGUGAAAUCACGUGUUACCGAAGUGACGUCAUCCCUUUUCGUUGUUUGAUCGGAAUCUAUGCAGACGCCAUAUCGAGUGGAAGGUAAUUUAAUUUAUAUUUUGAGCUGUUGGAGGCUUGCAUUGAAUGCAUUUAUGGUUCUCAAGAUUGUUGGAUAUCUUGAAGGGUUAUUUUAAUAAAUGUGACUGUUGGAUGUCAGGAAUGUGAAAUUGAUAUAGAUGGAUUUAUGUCGAGGAAGUGGGCAUGGGCCGACAUCAUGACGACAUGAGAUGCCGUGGAGCGGCAUUUAUACGAAUGUAUGACUACGUGUAGAUAAUGCGAUUUUCGUGAACGUAUUUCUUGAAGAAUUUUGAUGGAAAUUGUAAAUGAUAAUUACUAUAUGUGAAGAGUAAUUUGAAGUUAGUUGGUGUUGGUUUUAAACUAGAUAUUAAAUAAUGUUGCCAAAUUCCGUAAAUGUCCGGAAGAGUAGAUUCAUGUCGAGUAUACGUCAUUAUACACACAGUUUGGUUUACAUUUUAGAUGGUUCAGCCAGUCACGUUGAAAAAAAGACACAGCUUAAAGGGGCUUUCUGUGCUGCCGGUAUUAAGGAAAGUAAAGGACGGACUUCUGGAAAAUGUGAAGGAGCUAGCACGUGUUGCUGUAGGAAGGCGCACGGAGACGAUGCAAUUGAAAGACAUAUCGAAAGCAGUGGUGGAUCUAACAGGAGAGCCUAUGGAUGAACUGUUGGAGUUAGCAGGGAAAGAUAUUCAAGACCUGGAUGCUGCGAAGUUGCUGUUGCACUACUGCAUACUGGCAGCAAAUGAGAAGGGGCAGCCCAAAGGGCAGAUCUUGCAGGGUGAAUGCACACAGGCAGUUGCAGGCCCUAGCACGGGUAUAUCAGCAACUGCUGAUAUUGCAGGCGAUACUAUUGAGGGUGAUCAUGUCCAAGUCAAGAGGAAGAAGAUGGAUGAUGUGGAGAGAAGGCUGUUGGUUUUGGAGAAACUUGAGAAGGAAGACGUCUUGAAGGUGAAAACUGUUGAUGUUCAAGUCUUGGAUGACAGGCUGAAGGAGUUAGAUGCUAGGAGGUCAUCAUCACUGGAUUCUAAAAGGGAAGAGUGUUUAAGGAGGGAGAUCACUGAGUUUAUAGCAAGGGUGUCGGGUCAGGGGAUUGCAAGUUGUACUGCUGAUGACAUCAGAAGAUUUUUGGUAUGGAAGGAUCAGAGUGGUAAGAGUCAGGUUCAUAUGAUAGAAUGUCAUUUUCUCGGAAACAAAGGAGUAUUUGAGUGUAGUUGUCCAGUCCAUCUGGCCUCGGGCACUGUAUCGUUGAUAAUCAAUAUAUUGUUGAAUAUGUUUGAUAAGAUGGGAUUUGGAAGAUCUUGGAAUGGGGCUCUUUGCUCGGGGAAUCCAGCCGCUUCACCUAUAGUGAAAGGAUACUUAAAGCUAGUACAAGAGGAACAGGCAAGGACUCACUUGGUACCUAAGCAGGCUAGACCUAUUUUUAUAACUAAGGUUAGGGCCAUUGCGGGUUUUAUUAGGAAUCGACUGAGUUUACGUUCUAUAUCAGUUAAGAAGAAAUAUAUCUUGUUACGAGACCAGGCUUGGUUUAAGUUACAGUUUUUUGCUGGGGAUAGAGCAGGAGAUCUUGCAAAUUUGGUUACCCAAAAGGUUAAGUGGCUCAGAGAUUAUUCAGAUUUUGUGUUUAAUCACACCUUUGGGAAGACACUUGGAGGAGCUAAAAGGAGGAGUAACAUGUUUGUUGUUAAGAGGUGUGCUGAGGAGGAUAUCUGUCCUGUACUAGGGUUACAACAGUUUGUGUCGGGGUGUAGGGAUUUGGGUGUUGAUCUCUCUUAUGGCUAUCUCUUUAGGAUUGUUGGCGAGGACGCUCGGGUCUUGGAUCAGCCUGUAACAUAUUCAGUGGUGUAUGAUAGGUUACGGUUAUAUUUAAGGAACAUAAGUAUGGAUGAGGAGGAGACUCCACACAGUUUCAGGGCAGGUUGUGCAGUGGCUUUGGCUAUGUCUGGUUCAGUGAAUGAUAUAGGGCAGAUAAUGAGACAUAUUGGAUGGUUUGGGGAAGGAAGUGCUGAGUAUUACAGUAGGCUGCCAGCUUUAGUAGAGUCAGAUUUUGUAGCAGGGAGAUUGGCAGCGAGUGUGAAGGAUGCAGGAAUGAUACAGGAGAAGUUUCAGGAAUGUGUACAGUACGAUAGUCUUCAAUCAGCAUUUUCAGUGAAUAAAUUGUAGCGACAGGAGGUUUGAUGGAUCGAGGGGUGUUUAUGACAUUACACAGGGACAUGACUAUGUGAUAUAAAGUGCUAUAUUGUGCUUUAUUAUACAAUUGUAUGUAUGCUCUAAUGGGUUCAACUGAGUUUUCAAAUAAAUUGGAAAUAACUAGAUGGAGUUUGUUCAUAAUACAGCCUAUAUUCAGUACAUACAGGUUUAAGGUGGUUGGUUUUUGUAUAGUAAGUAUUGGGAAGGGGACCAAUGAUAUUGGGACUAGAACUGGAUAUUGGAUUCCUAGAUCAAGACUUUUACACCCAAAACUUCAUAAAGGAACUGAGGUUGAAAUGUGAUUCCACUUGUGAUACGGUAAUAUCACAAGUGAAAUCGCGUGUUACCGAAGUGACGUCAUCCCUUUUCGUUGUUUGAUCGGAGGGUGAUGAUGGACAGUAUGAGAUGGAAGAACGGGGAGGUAGGGUUAGGGUAUGAUGAUUCCCCACCCACCCACCCCUGUGGACCACAUCUUAACUUUGGUUCCUACAUCAAGACUUUUACACCCAAAACUUCAUAAAGGAACUGAAGUUGAAAUGUGAUUCCACUUGUGAUACGGUAAGAUCAAGUACAUGUAGCAUCGUUUUUCAGAAAGGGGGUGUAGCCGGAGAAGAUGUCUUCCCAAUAUUACGUAUAAAAUUCUUGAAAAAAAUGAAUUGAUAACAACAAAGAAAACCUAAUCCUAGCAUGUUAUGUUGGCUGCUCUUCAAAAUCUUUCAAUAUCCUAAUACAUGAACUCGGACCUUACAUUCGUACUAUUCGAAAAUUAACACGUCAUAUCUGAAGUAAUAUUGCAUUGUAGCGUGGUUGUGGUGUUUUCUCAAUCAGGUAGAUAAACCAGUGGGCGGGGCUAGUGGUUCUAUGACACACUUUUACAACUUUGCUAUGUGAAUUAUCUCCAAAGUAUCUUUAUUCAAAAUAUUUCAAAUGAAGCAUUUGACGAGUUCUGUACAAUGAACAUGGGGAUGGGCUUUUUAUCCACCGGGAAAAAAAAUAUGCUUUCACUGACGUGUGAAGAUAAUAAAAUGAAUCAGAAUGAAAUUGAAAUUAGAUGGAUAUAAUUUGUUAUAUUCCACCUUUUUGAGUACAGGGAUAGGGGCCAGAUUUCAUUUUUAUUAAGAUGAUGCCAAAUAUUUUUGUUAUUCAGAGGUUCAGUGCCCAUGAUUCAUAUUGUUUUACUUUUCGUACUUUAAUUAAUGCAAUUUUUCAUUUUCAACGCUGUAAUUGUUUUUGCCUGACUCAAUAAAAAUAGAUAUAAAAAGAUGGAUUUAGCUCUGUCGCCGUGAUUUACCUUUCUAACUUUUCUGUCUUUGAUAUCUUCACAAAUUCUAAAAAUACAGUGGAGGCAUUUUCUCAUGAAUGCGCUGCAAUUGGGAACAAUGUGCGUAUGAAUGUUCAAAUGAAUAUGCUGUGUCUGUUUUAACGCCUGUAAAUUUCGACAGAAAUGAAAUUAGAAUGUAAAUAUAAGAAAUAAACUGAAAAUACAUGUACAUGAGGGUAUGCAUUGUAACACUUAACAUCGGCAUACUUUUCAUGAAGCAUGUUAAUAGCGCUUCAUAUGCUACACCAGCGUAAAACAUCGAAGUCCAUACUGUUAUGUAUUUUCAAAAAUGAAACUCAUUUCACUAAAGAACAUUAAUGAUAUUUCCGACUUCUAGGACAUUAGCAAAAGAAAACAUCAUCCGUUUCGAAGCAAAAAGGUGGCACCGGGGACGAAUGAACAAAUUCGGUCUUAGCAAGCUCAAAUCUAACACGAGAGGAAGAAUUUGAAUUGUGUCGUUAUUCUGACAAGAAACUAAAUACUACUGUUUAUUGUGAAAUGAAGUUAGAUAUUUAUCUUCGCUGAUGUCGCUAAUGAAGAUAUCUUUUAGAUAGGUAUGUUAUUUUACUAAGAUAUGUACGUUAGUUUUAAUUGAGAAUCAAAAACAUCGAUACAAAAAAUACACAGUACGACACAUUACUCCCGUAAAGGGAAAUAAUCACGGUAGCAAAACGAAAUGUUCCACAUAUAGUCACAAACCGGAAGUAAUGAUAAAAAGAGAAUAUAACGAACAGUGGCCGAUCUCAUAAAUCCCUUACGGAAUGCAAAAUAAAGAGUUUGGCAAACAUUUUGAAAUAACAGAUUGAUCGAGAGAGAACAGAUUGGUUAUCUGUGUAACACAAAGACAAUUGAAGAAAUUGUUGUGACUACGUGUCCACAUUGGAAAGAAAUCUAUGACAAUUAAAUGUAAUGGAUAUACCCCUACAUAAAUCUAAAUUAUGGUGCAGACUUUCCAGAUAAAAGGUGGGAAAAUCAUGAAACUAAAUAUUGAACAAUGAAUGUGCACAAAACUAUCGAAGAUAGGUUCUAAUUUUACACCAAUGAACGGGAUAUGCUAUAUACAGUGUAGGUAAUAUUUAGAUAUAAUUGUCAUCAAUCAAAAGCCACAGGAAUGGAGUCCACUCAUUUGAGUAUUCUUUUCGUGUUUAUAACUUGACGACGAACAAAUAAUGCUGCCAUGUUUCAAAACGUUGGAAAACUAAGCUACUGGACUAUAACC